ACCGACUAUAGGAGGGGCGCAUGAUAGUUAGUCAAUCAGGAAAGAAGUUAGAUAAUACACCUGGUUUCACGUAGUUCACAUAAUUAGUAAUAUUGCAACUUUUGCAUUAAAUAGAAAUGAACAGAUUGUUUGGAAGAUCAAAACCAAAAGAACCCCCGCCAAAUCUUACAGAUUGUAUAUCCAAUGUGGACAGUCGUGGAGAAUCAAUUGAUAAAAAAAUUUCAAAACUUGACCAGGAACUUGUGAAGUAUAAAGAUCAAAUGAAAAAAAUGAGAGAUGGCCCCUCUAAGAAUGUGGUGAAACAGAAAGCAUUGAGAGUAUUGAAACAAAAAAGAAUGUACGAGAACCAGCGAGAAAACCUUAUGCAACAGUCUUUCAACAUGGAGCAAGCCAACUAUGCAACCCAAAUGCUGAAAGACACAAAAACAACUGUGGAAGCCAUGAGAACGGGUGUGAAGGAAAUGAAGAGAGAAUAUAAAAAGGUCAACAUUGAUGAUAUAGAGAAUCUUCAAGAUGAACUGGAGGACAUGAUGGGGCAGGCUGAAGAAGUGCAAGAGGCUUUAGGCAGAAAUUAUGGCAUGCCAGAGGUUGAUGAUGACGAGUUAGAAGCAGAGCUUGAUGCUUUGGGUGAUGAAAUAGCUCUAGACGAAGACACUUCAUAUCUGGAUGAAGCAUCUAAAGCACCAAAUGCUCCUACUAGAGAACCUGGAUCUGAAACCAUAGCUACAAAUCAGGAAGGAGUUUUGGUGGAUGAGUUUGGAUUGCCCAAGAUACCUGCUUCAUAAUUUCAGAAAUAUCCGCUUCGUUACGAGCUGAUAUCCUCGUGAACUGUACAUAAUUAAUAGGAUGCUUGAUUUUUACAGCCAGAAUAUUUUUCCCAUACUAUUCACAUUGAAAGUACGUUAAUAAUAAUACCGAUACAAUGAAUACUUUUUCUUCAAUUACGAUAUUGUUAAAGUCAAAGAAAGAUGUUAAAGAAUGCAUUUUGGGUACUUUAAAAUUCCCGAUCAGAACAAUCAAGAUUUUUUUUUAGUGAUAUCUGUACACUUGUAUUUUCGGUUUAUCUGUUCUCUAUGUUAAAAAACAAACUUUUGUUUGGAAGGUUGAAUGUAAGCAUUGUUCUACAAAAGUGUUUUGUGAUUUCUUGUUGGUUAAUAUAUUGACAUCGGAUAUUUAAUAAAAAAGUCGAUGUAUUUUGUGACAUCAACUAUAAGUGAAUCAUAUAAAAACCACGAACGUUGUUAUUAAUUUCUUCAUUUUAAACUGGAUACAGAGAUUUGUGUUUCUGAGAACUGGUUUAUUUUUGUGUUUGAUAUUUUUUAAAACAAUUUUCUAAUUAAUUUUCAAACAAGAUUGUUAAAUUUCAAAAUUUAUUUUACCUUAAUAAGUAGGAAAAGAAACUGAUGGAAUUCAUUAUAUUACAAAAAUUCAAGAUAAACUAUUGUAAUAUGAAACAUAAGUUCACGUUAUAUAAGAAAUUCAAGAUGGCACUGUAGACAAAACAAAAGUGUACUUUUAAACUUAGUAAAAUAUUAUUUGUAUCAGUCAUUUGAUUAUUUUAUUAAAUAAAGUAGCCGAUGCUUAAUAUGUGCAAAAA